GACGCGAUCAGACACCUACCGGGGCGGCUGAGGCUGUAUUAAAGGAACGGGGGCCUUAAAGCUGAGCCAACAUCACCAAAAAACAACAAAAACAAAUCACAACAACAACAAAAUCAACCAAGCCCCCAAGAGCCUGAUCCUUUCCACAGGGGAGGAAUCCUGCACGCAUCCGACGCGAAGACCUCCUAGGACCUUCCAACCACAGACCAGAUAGAUGUUUUGUCCACAAGCUUGCACGAAUCACAAUGAAUGCGCAGCUGACGAUGGAGAACAUUGGCGAUCUGCACGGGGUGAGCCAUGAGCCGGUGCCAACCACGGCCGAUCUGAUGAACAGCAGCCCCCAUCACAGGAGCUCGGUGGCCCAUCGCAGCAAUCACUUGCCGGCCCACCCUCGCUCCAUGGGCAUGGCUUCCAUCCUGGACGGUGGAGACUACCACCACCACCACCGGCCCCCUGACCACGCGCUGACGGGACCCCUGCACCCCACCAUGACCAUGGCCUGCGAGACACCCCCCGGGAUGAGCAUGAGCAGCACCUACACCACGUUAACCCCUUUGCAACCUCUACCUCCCAUCUCGACCGUGUCGGACAAAUUCCCUCACCACCACCAUCACCACCACCACCACCACCACCCCCACCCCCACCAGCGGAUACCAGGGAACGUGAGUGGCAGCUUCACCCUCAUGAGGGACGAGCGGGGUCUGGCUUCUAUGAACAAUCUCUACACCCCCUACCAUAAGGAUGUUACCGGCAUGGGGCAGAGCCUCUCCCCUUUGUCUGGAUCGGGCCUGGGGGGCAUCCACAACUCCCAGCAGGGGCUGCCCCACUACGCUCACCCCAGUGCCACCAUGCCCGCCGAGAAAAUGCUCACCCCCAACGGCUUUGAAGCCCACCACCCUGCCAUGCUGGCCCGGCAUGGUGACCAACACCUUACCCCCACGUCCGCUGGCAUGGUGCCUAUCAACGGGAUCCCACACCACCCCCAUGCCCACCUGAAUGCCCAGAGUCACGGGCAGAUUCUGGGCUCCAGCAGGGAACAAAACCCUUCCGUCACUGGUUCGCAGGUCAACAGUGGGAGUAAUUCAGGGCAAAUGGAAGAAAUCAAUACCAAAGAAGUAGCUCAGAGGAUCACCACCGAGCUCAAGCGGUACAGCAUCCCCCAGGCCAUCUUCGCCCAGAGGGUGCUGUGCCGCUCUCAAGGGACCCUCUCCGACCUGCUGAGGAACCCCAAGCCCUGGAGCAAGCUCAAAUCCGGCCGGGAGACCUUCCGCAGGAUGUGGAAGUGGCUGCAGGAGCCCGAGUUCCAGCGGAUGUCGGCGCUCAGGCUGGCAGGUGAGCCGGGGCCGGGCAGCUCGGCACCCCUCGCCCGCUCUCCCCGUGCGUCGCCCUGCUCCCCCGGCGCCCCGCACCGAACAAUGCCCCCCCUGCCUGCAUGCAAAAGGAAAGAACAAGAACAUGGGAAGGAUAGAGGAAAUACACCCAAAAAGCCUAGGUUGGUCUUCACGGAUGUCCAGCGUCGAACUCUACAUGCAAUAUUCAAGGAAAAUAAGCGUCCAUCCAAAGAAUUACAAAUCACCAUUUCCCAGCAGCUAGGGUUGGAGCUGAGCACCGUCAGCAACUUUUUCAUGAAUGCACGGAGGAGGAGUCUGGAUAAGUGGCAAGAUGAGGGCAGCUCCAAUUCAGGCAACUCGUCAUCUUCAUCAAGCACUUGUACCAAAGCAUGAAGGAAUAACCACAAACUAAACCUCGGUGGAAAAGCUUUAAAAAUAAAUAAAUAAAUAAAGACCAGGACCUCAAGAUAGCAGGUUUAUUCUUAGAACUAUUUGAAAAAAAUGUUAUUUAUAAGUCCAAAGAAACCAAAGACUUAUUUCACCUGCAUUAUGACUUUGUUCUGAGACACACACUUUAGUAGGACGACAACUUGCAAAAAAAUAAAUAAAAAAGAGAGAAAAAGGAAUGAAACAACAACAAAAAAGAGAGAGAAAAGAAAGAAACCACUGGUCUUACACCUUCAUCCAUGAUCAUUUUCACCGUACGUGGCUGUUUAGUGGUUUGGAGCAUAGUGAUUUCUUGUCAUUGAAUGGACAUCUUUUCAGAUAUGGCUCUUCAUUUCCACAGAAAUUGCCAUGAAGGUGUAUAGUGUAUCCGUACUGUGUACACACCAGUGGUUAGGGACUCAGUCAGGGCUGGUCUUCUGAAGGGGUUGUUGUGCUAUAGCAUGACCAAAAUAGCGUGGAGUCGUCUGAAUUCAUUUGAAUGGUAGUGUGAUUUUGCUGUUUUAUUGUUUGAACUUAACUGGUGCAACACCUGGAGACAAGUUCAAACUAGGCAAAGAAAUUUUGAAUGAUACCUAAACCAGUGCAUUCUCUUUGUUUGUUAAGGAAUGUUCAGAUUUAAAAAGUAAAACAAUAUUCCAUCCAUAAAAAAUCGACUAGCUACCAAAGAACACAUUUAAUAUUAUAUUGCAGGUAUUUUAUUGCAAUGAUUUUAAUAUUCCAAAGCUAUUUUUACACAAAAUACUAUGUAGAGUUAUAGGUAUAAACUAAUCUAACUGUAUAACACAUAACUUGUAAUCAAGACUGUU